UCAUGGAUAACUUUCUUGCUUCUCAGCUUCAGUCACCAUGAAUAACCUUUGCCUUGCCUUUGACUGUGAAGUUCGCAGUUACCGCCGGUCGGAGCUGCACAGAGCCUAUAAUAUAAUUUAUGUCCAGGGACAAAUUUGUAGAAUUCCCUCGGCAACCCGAAAACGAGAACGAUUGUAAUGCUCUUUCGGCUAUGCAAUCUGGAAGAGAUUUUGCCUUCUUGCAACGUGAGAUAGCAUUUUCGCCGUGCAGGCGGUGCCAUUCUACAGCACUGCAUUUAAACUCCACGUCGAACUUGUGGCGUCUUGGCAUGGCGAAAAAAACAAUCGCUUCCAAGAACGACUGCGAAAGGAUUGAAUGCAGUUGGUCCCUUCUUGGCGAGGUAUUACGUGCCCAGCAAUCCUUCUUCUGCACUGGAACUGUUCACGUCAUGGGGUCGGGAACUGUUCACAUCAUGGCGUCGUCGACCAUGAUUACAAUUGUUCUAGGGGUUAUUCUCUUGCCUACCUUCUGCGAUGCGCUGGGACGGCGUGCGAACGAUGACGCCAAUGUUUUCUUUGGUCCAUUUCUUUCAGAUACGUGUCCAGAGGGGGAUAUUAAAUCUUAUAACAAGGAAGGUAGCCUCGUAUGUACAGGUAUCAAUAAGUGCGAACUGGAGCUGGACGCCUGUACCACAGCAAGAACGCAUUAUCCGUUUGACUUAAGAUGUGCUUGGUUAGGAAACCCUGGGGGUUAUUUCUGCUCAUUGCCGACGAAAGAAACCACUGAAUGUGCAGGACUUGGUGUGUUCUCCGAACCAGGAGAUUUCAGUUACGCUGAUGCUGAUAAAAAAUGCACACAAGCUGGCUUGCGGCUGGCCAACCAAGCCUUCUCAAAGAUAAAGUUUAAGUUGCAUGUAAUCGAGUGCCUCCAACAAUUCGUCAGUUCAACAUGGAUUAGCGAAACUGCUGUGAUAACGUUUAUGUCUGAGGAAACAGAAAUCAUGGGUACUCGCCCCGACAGCGAAAAUGGAUUUCUUUGUAUUCCUGUCGACUAUCAAAACAAAAUCAAUCACCAGGAUCUCGACCUUACGUUUGACGUCGAUUUCCAAUGCUCUGAAGACCAGACCAUCCACUACUUGUAUAAUGAUCCAGGGCAAAUAGGGAAAAUAGGUCGCAAUAGAGCUCAGGUCCAGGAGGAAUGCGAGAAGAGGGCGACUGAGGUGCCAGGUAUACGUUAUAAGCAGUGCAUGUUACGGUUGGUUAAGUACCUGGCCAGUGGACUUGGUUGCGAGUAUAGUAACGACUUGUUCACGUGCGUCGAACGUCUGGAGCUGUCACUUCAUCGGCCAGUAGCCUGGAUUGGAUCCUACCCUACGGCCACAACGUCCCUUACCACAGACGGGCGAGCAUACCCUGUUAGCGAUUUCCUUGGUAUAACUAUUUGUGUGCCGCUCUGAGUGGAAGCCGAUUUUUUUGGCAUGUAAUUCAGUUGCCGAUUCUGAACGCGCUUCUUUGUGCUAUUAUUAUUAUUAUU